AUGCGACCGCAUCUACAUUGUUUUGUUGACAAUUACAACGAACAGGCUACUCAUUUCUGUGAAUUUAAUACCAAAACUGUUCAACGCAAACGAGCUCUCCAGGUUGCAGUUUUCGUUCACAUUCUGUCGUUGUUUGCUUGCUCCACAGCAAGUGGAAGCCUCGAUCCCCAUAGCUCGCAGAUUUCUACCCCCUGUCUCGCAGGAUCCACUAUUCCGCAUGUGGCACGCAAUACAAGCGCGCAAUGCUUCUUGUGGUCAAAUCAUACAUCGCAGGAAAUGUGUGCUCUUUCUCCAGAGGAUAGGAUUCAGCGAUUCCGUUCCACUUUCCUUUUUGCAGAUCUUCAGCCGAUUUCCUUACAUGCGGUUUUCUCUGCUGGCUCAAGCAGCGACAUUUGGUCAAGGCGUCUCCUUUCUGGUGUACGCGGUAGUGACUGCGUUCGUGAGACAGGAGCUCUUUGCAGAGCAUGCUUUGAUCGCCUAGCCACUGCCUUGCGACGACUCGAUGAUGCUUACCGAUCUUUCGAUCAAACAUUGUUCCGUUUUGACUGCAUGCCUGCUGUUGACACCGCCAGUGCUACGAGGCCAUUUUCGCCAAAUGGAAGCUGCACAACGUGUCGGGUAAUCAUGGUACAAGCGUUGGUUGCUCGUGCAGACCACAUCUCCAUAUGGCGCGAACCGCCAUGCGUCAACUGGUGUUAUUAUGCUCAACUUGCCUGCCCACAUCUUGCCACAUCGAAAGUAGUCGACUAUGCAGGGCAUCCUUCAUUUCAGUGCAGAGUUUCUAAGUGCAAUUCCCUCGAUGUCAGAUCAGGUAUUCCAUUACCACAGGAGCCAGAGGCACAACGGUGUGGUUGUGUGCAUCCAUGCGAUCUUCGUGGUGUUGUAGAAGAUGGCAACAUGAUGCGAACACACAUUGUAGCACACGACUUCUAUCCCUCUCGUCUACACUGUGAGGCGCGACGGCGUCAUUGUGCUCGAACAACGGCUCACGAUCGGCGUGAACAGCGUGUCGCCUCAUAUACUGGUGAUGGAAGUUCGUUUGUACGGCACCUUUUUAUAACCGUCGUGCUCGCUGUAGCUGUGAUAAAUUAA